ACUAUACUCCACAAAUUUUAUCUCUUGUUAUUUACGCCUCUCUCUCACACCAGAAAACCCUUUUCCUCUUUCUGCCUUUCUCGUAGUCUUGCAUCUCUCUCACACUCGCUCGUCGUGCCGCACAGAUCUUCCCACCUCGCCUUCUCCGGCAACAGCUGUAGUACGCCGCAAAAGGGAAAAUCAGCAGUAGCGUUGCAAGCCUCGAGAAGUUUGCCUCUACAGUUGCAUCAGUCCGCCUCUCUGACCUCCGCGGCUCUGUGUGAGUGCCUUCGUCCGACUUUCACAACUACAGCCAAAUAACUCAAUUAGGGCUUCGAAUUUCCCCUUUUUUCUUCUCGUUCUUCUCUAUUCACGAUUUUUGAAUUUUGUUGUAUUUAUCUGCUAUUCAAAAUGUACCUAUUUAUGGGUAGGUGAAUCUUGAAUUUUUCUUUUUUUAUUUUGUUUAAAAGGAGGUUUCUUGGUAUAAUCCGAUUUGAAAACUUAAGUUCGUUCAAAGUUUUGGAGAAAGGUUGAAUGGUUUUCUUUUGCAGGGAUGAUGGGUUUGGUUUCUGAAAAAUUGAGAAAAUUUUGAAGAACUCUCGAUCGCUCCUUCGAGCAACCGUUUAAUUGGUCUUUUAUAUAGUAUAUAGAUUAUAUAGAUUAAAAUAAAUAUGCUGCUUCGAUCGCUCCUUCGAGCAACCGCCGGCGCCGCGUCACUCCGGCAAUCUCAGUGGCAGCUUACCAAUUGCCGGAGCAUGGCCUCGAAAACGCCUAAAGGUGGUUCCAGCAAAGGAAAGAACCCCCAGCCAAAAUUUGAUAAGAAAACACAGUCGAAAUCCGAUCUCAAGGAUAAGAAGCCCCAAGAAGUGCUGGUGGCAAGCCCCGAAUCUAUUGCUAAACAAGACGCGGAGCUCCGCCGCCGCCUGCUGGCGGAGGAUGAGAAGAACCCCGCCCUCGACGUAGGCCCCAAUGGCCACCCCCUCUUCACUUCGGCUCCGUCUCUCUCUUCGCUCACCGGGGAUGAUGUCAACCAUUACUUUAGAUUCAGCCUGAAGGAGUUGAACGAGGUUUUGCCGGAGGGGCUUCCGUUGGGAAUGGUGAAGGAAUUUGAGGAAUCAUGCAGGAGUGCCUUGUUGGUGCGGCAGUGUUUUAUCAAUCUUCGUGAUAAUUUUAGGCAGGCUAUUGAUCCUUCAUUGGCAGCUAAAUCUAGAGGUCUUAAAGUAAGAAAGCAAAUUGUACUAGAUGGCCUUUUGAGUUGUGGGAAGAGUACUGUACUUGCAAUGCUUGUUAACUGGGCCCGCACGGAAGGUUGGCUUGUGCUUUAUGUCCCUCGAGGUCGAGACUGGACACUCGGUGGAUUAUUUUAUAAAAAUCCUGAUACUAAUCUGUGGGAUACCCCUGUGCAGGCUGUAAACAUUCUACAAGAUUUCUUGAAGUUCAAUAAGUCUUUAUUGGAAGGUAUAACAUGCAAAAUACUUGAUCCCAUUCCAUUGGGAGAGGGUGCUGGUGUUGGCUUGCCAAGAGGUAGGGAUAAGGUGCAAAUUACUGAAGGGACAACUCUUUGCCAGCUAGUUGAGGCUGGAAUUAAAGACUCACAUGCUGCUGUUGGAGUGGCAGUUAGAUUGAGGAAGGAAUUAUCUAAAGUGACUAGUGUCCCUGUUCUUAUUGCAAUUGAUCAAUAUAACAAUUGGUUCACAUUUACCAACUUUGAGGAGCCAGUGACGAAUCGUUCUUGUCGACCCAUUCAUGCUAGAGAAGUUGCUACUUGGACCAGGAAGAGACAACUUUAUGUCCCUUUCGCAAGUAGAGAUGUAUUGUAUGGUCUAGGGGUCAAUGCAUUUAGGUCAAUGAUGCAUGAUGAUAUGAUGGUGGGUGCCUUUUCUCAUUCAACUGCUGUUGGGAAAUUGCGUCAAGAUUUGCCAGAUGUUCCUACUGAUGCUCGAAUCUUUCUCCCUCGGUACAAUUUGGAUGAGGCCGCUACCGUGUGCUACUACUAUCUCAGGCAAAGACUAGCGAAACAUGAUGCAUUUUCGGAGGAAAACUGGAAAAAGAUCUUCUACUUGUCCCAUGGAAAUGGAACAGAGAUGAGAUAUUUAGUUCCUUUCAUGCGUUGACACGCAUCAACACCCAAGAGAAGAUGCUAAUUUUAUCACGGUCAAGGGAAAAUUGAUUCCGAGUUUUAGGAUAUCCAGCAUUCAGAAGAAGGUUGGUUGAUAAAUGUUUUUGGUUUUUGGUUUUUGGUUUUUGUUAGAGCUAGGAUACCACCUUUUGAGGUUAAUGAAUAAUGCCCUCGAUUUUUAUUUUUAUUUUUUGGGUUGGAAUUAUUAACCAGGAUUCAUGUAUUUUUUUUGGUACAAUUGAAUUAUUUAUGUCAUGCGCUAGUUUCCUCA